AUGAUAUAAUAGAUUAAAUAUUACGAAGAAUUAGAAGAAUUUAAAAGCUCUUCACUUUUAUCUCAUUAAAUUCUCCAUAUUGAUCUGAGUAACAAUUAAAUUGGUAAUGAAGGUGCAUCAAGCUUAGGUUCUGCUUUAGCAAAUUGCAUUAAUAUCUCUAAUUUGACCCUUAACCUUGAUUACAAUAAAAUUGGUGAUGAAGGUGCAUCAGGCUUAGGUAUUGGUUUAGCAAAUUGCAUUAAUCUCUCAAAUUUGACACUUAACCUUGAUUAUACUUUAAUUGGUGAUAAAGGUGCAUCAGGUUUAGGUUUUGGUUUAGCAAAUUGCAUUAAUCUCUAAAAUUUGACACUUAACCUUAUUUGGAAUUUAAUUCGUGAUAAAGGUGCAUCAGGCUUAGGUUCUGCUUUAGCAAAUUGCAUUAAUCUCUCAAAUUUGACACUUUUACUUAAUGGUAAUUAAAUUGGUGAUGAAGGUGUAUCAGGCUUUGGUUCUGCUUUAGCAAAUUGCAUUAAUCUCUCAAAUUUGACACUUAACCUUUCUAAAAAUAAAAUUGGCUAUGAAGGUGCAUCAGGCUUAGGUCCUGCUUUAGCAAAUUGCAUUAAUCUCUCAAAUUUGACACUUAACCUUUCUGAAAAUAAAAUUGGUGAUAAAGGUGCAUCAGGCUUAGGUUUUUGUUUAGCAAAAUGCAUUAAUCUCUCAAAUUUGAAACUUUACCUUACUUCUAAUAAAAUUAACAAUGAAGGUGCAUCAGGCUUUGGUUCUGCUUUAGCUAAUUGCAUUAAUCUCUCAAAUUUAACACUUGAAUUAGUACAGAAUAAAAUUGGUGUAAUGGGUGCACAAGGCUUAGGUUCUGCUUUAGCAAAUUGCAUUAAUCUCUCAAAUUUGACACUUAACCUUAAUUACAAUAAAAUUGGUGAUGAAGGUGCAUCAGGCUUAGGUACUGGUUUAGCAAAUUGCAUUAAUCUCUAAAAUUUGACACUUAACCUUCAUGGUAAUUAAAUUGGUGCAAAAGGUGCAUCAAUAUUAGGUUCUGCUUUAGCAAAUUGCAUUAAUCUCUCAAAUUUGACACUUACCCUUUUUAACAAUAAAAUAGGUGAUAAAGGUGCAUCAUGCUUAAGUUUUGCUUUAGCAAAUUGCAUUAAUCUCUCAAAUUUGACACUUGAUCUUUAUGAGAAUUAAAUUGGUGUAAUGGGUGCAUAAGGCUUAGGUACUGGUUUAUAAAAUUGCAUUAAUCUCUCAAAUUUGACACUUAUCCUUGAUGAGAAUUAAAUUGGUGUAAUGGGUGCAUAAGGCUUAAGUUCUUCUUUAGCAAAUUGCAUUAAUCUCUCAAAUUUGAAACUUAACCUUUAUAACAGUAAAAUUGGUGAUGAAGGUGCAUCAUGUUUAGGUUCUGCUUUAGCAAAUUGCAUUAAUCUCUCAAAUUUGAAACUUAACCUUGAUUACAAUAAAAUUGGUGAUGAAGGUGCAUCAGGCUUAGGUUCUGCUAUAGCAAAUUGCAAUAAUCUCUCAAAUUUGAAACUUAACCUUUGCUCAAUAAAUACAUCAUAAAAAUUCGAAUUACUAAGUAAGUGUCGUAAAUCAAAAAGAUUAGUUGUCUUUUAUUUCGAAUGA